AUGGCUGCAAUCAUCGGACAUGUUGAAGCAUUCGAUGAAGCGAGGGAACAAUGGUCCACGUAUGUAGAAAGAUUUGGGCAUUUUGUGGAGGCGAAUGACAUCAGUAAUGAGAAAAAAGUAUCAGUGUUUCUCAGUGUCAUGGGGGCACCAACAUACGGACUGUUAUGCAGUCUCAUCGCACCAGCUAAACCUGGGGCUAUGGAUUACAAUGACAUUGUGAGCACAUUGCAAGCACAUUUUACCCCCAAGCCCAUUGUAAUUGCGGAGAGAUUUCGAUUUCACAAACGAAAUCAAGCAGAGGGUGAGAGUAUCGCUCAAUACGUGGCUGUGUUGAAGAGAUUAGCGGAGAACUGUGAGUUUGGCGAUAAUCUGAAUGACGCGCUGCGGGACAGACUGGUGUGCGGGUUGAGUAGCGAGUCAAUACAAAGGAAGUUGUUGACAGAAAUGACUCUCACGUACCAAAAGGCUGUGGACAUAGCGAUGUCAAUGGAAGCUGUGUCUAGGGAAUCACAGCACUUGAGUAACGCAUUGAAAGUUAAUGCAAUGUCCCUAUCAUCAGCGUCGUCCAGAGAGAAAUGUUACCGGUGUGGGAAGUCCAAUCACAUGGAAAGUGAAUGUUUCUAUAAGGAACAACAGUGUCACAAUUGUGCCAGGAGAGGUCACAUUUCACGGAUGUGUAAAAGUAAGAAAAUGGGUGACAAAGGACCUAAAACUGCAGUCAAGGGGAAAUUCAUGAAAAAUAAGGAUCAGAUGAAGAAAAGACGAAUUCAUAAGAUGGAUGUUAAUGUGGAAAGUGACGAUGACACAACCUCAGAUACUGAUGCUGAGUUGACACUGCACAAAGUGACAGCAGUACUUGAUGAUACUUCACGAGUGAAUAAAAUGCAAAACUCAAUGAGUUUAAUGUCAUCAGUGAUGAAAGUGAAACCUAAAAUUGAAGGGCUGCCGAUAGACAUGGAAGUGGAUACGGGAGCAGCGGUUUCUCUCAUUUCAAGUGAACUGUACAGAGCUAAGCUGAGCCAUAUUCGAUUGCGCCACACAAGUAUUGUACUUAAGACUUACACGGGUGAAGUAAUUUCGCCAGAGGGUGUCAUCAAGGUGCGCGUGAAGUUGAACAAACAAAGUGCUCGACUACCCCUGUAUGUAGUAAAAGGUGAUACGGCGCCACUUUUUGGGCGAGAAUGGCUCCGUAGAAUUCGUCUUAACUGGCGUGAAAUUAAAACGGUGAGAGCAGUACACCAGACAAAUGAAAAGACUCUGGAUUCUCUCCUAAAAAAAUAUGCAAAAGUGUUCAGUGAUGACUUGGGAACAUUCAAUGGAUUUGAAGCGACCUUAAAUCUGAAACCAGGACAUCAGCCAAAAUUCUUCCAAGCACGUGUGGUGCCAUAUGCAAUCAGACCUAAGGUGGAAGCAGAGUUAGACCGCCUAGUGAAGCAAGGAAUUAUUUCACCUGUUCGGUUCAGUGAAUGGGCAACCCCCAUCGUGCCAGUAGUCAAGAAGGGUGGCAACGUGAGAAUUUGCGGAGACUUCAAAAUAACCGUAAACCCAGCACUUUGUGUGGAACAUUAUCCGUUACCACGGAUUGAGGAUUUAUUCGCAUCAUUGGCCGGAGGGCAGCGAUUUAGCAAGCUAGAUCUAUCGCACGCUUACCUGCAAGUGCCAGUUAAUGUGAACUCCCGCAAAUACCUCACGAUAACUACUCACAAGGGCAUGUUUUCGUAUAAUAGAUUACCUUUUGGAAUAACAUCGGCACCUUCCAUAUUCCAAAGGGGGAUGGAGCAAGUACUUCAGGGGCUACCAUACGUGCAUUGUUUCCUGGACGAUAUCCUGGUCACAGGAAAAGAUGAUGUUCAUCACCUGGCAAACCUUGAAGCAGUACUGAGUCGGCUGGAGAAGUUUGGCCUUCGUGUGAAACCAGAGAAAAGCGAGUUUUUCAAGAGUUCGCUGGAGUAUCUGGGACAUGUGAUUGACGCAGCAGGACUCCACAAGUCUCCAGACAAGCUGCGUGCUAUUGCAGAGGCACCAGUUCCAGUUAAUGUUAGCCAGCUUCGAUCUUUUCUGGGACUGAUAAAUUAUUAUGCAAGAUUUGUUCCGAAUCUAGCCACAAUUCUUCAUCCAUUAAAUGCAAUGCUGCAUAAGGACAUUAAAUGGAACUGGGCUCCGGAGUGUGAGAAAUCUUUCCAGGGGGCCAAAGCUAAAUUGUUGACUCCGAGUGUGCUCACCCACUAUGAUCAAAGACUCCCAGUUCGUUUGGCUUGUGAUGCUUCACCCUACGGGGUAGGAGCUGUGCUCUCCCAUGUGAUGCCUGACGGUCAGGAGAGACCGAUAGCGUUUGCGUCUCGAACUUUGAGCAAGUCGGAGCAGAACUAUGCACAGCUAGAACGUGAAGCACUAGGAAUCAUUUUUGGAGUCAGAAAAUUCCAUACUUACCUUUACGGACGCCAUUUUACCUUAUUGACUGACCACCGUCCACUUACUACCAUCCUCAGCCCUAGUAAAGCCACUCCAUCCAUGGCUGCUGCGAGACUCCAGAGGUGGGCUCUUUUACUUGCAGCCCACAAUUACACAAUCCAGUAUAAAAGUGCCAGCGACCAUGGAAACGCUGAUGGAUUAUCCCGUUUGCCAUUGCCUGUGUUGCACAAGGACAAAAAGGAUUCAGUGGAUACUUACCUCAUUAACCACGUGGAAGCUCUACCGGUGUGUAGUGCAGACAUUCGCAAAGGAACCAGAGCAGACCCUGUUCUUUCUCGUGUGGUGGAGAUGGUGUCCUCGGGGCAGUUUCCAUCCACCAAGGACUCUGAUAAUGCAUUGACACCAUUCAUCAUCAGAAAAGGGGAGCUAUCUUUAAUGCAGGACUGUUUAAUGUGGGGACAGAGAGUUAUUGUUCCACCCAACCUUAGACAAAGAGUCUUGGAGGAUUUGCAUGUGGGACACCCAGGUGUAGUGAAAAUGAAAGCGCUAGCACGAAGCUACAUCUGGUGGCCCAGUAUUGACUCACAAAUUGAAGAGAAAUCCAAAACCUGCUUGUCAUGCCAGAAAAACCAGAAAUCUCCCUGCCUCUCACCUUUACAUCCUUGGCCAUGGCCAGGAGCUCCUUGGCAGCGUAUUCACAUCGACUUUGCUGGUCCAUUUGAGGGGCGGAUGUUCCUGGUGGUUGUCGAUGCUCACUCAAAAUGGCCAGAAGUUCACGUGAUGGAUUCCACAACAUCAUCUAAGACCAUUCAAGUAUUGAGAGGCUUAUUCAGUCGUUAUGGCAUACCUGAAACUCUGGUAAGCGACAAUGGCCCACAACUGACAUCAGAUGAGUUUGGCUCUUUUCUAAAAGCGAAUGGCGUGAAACAUGUGCGCUCUGCCCCAUUCCACCCCGCCACAAAUGGGCUAGCGGAGCGUUUUGUGCAGACAUUUAAACGUUCUCUGAAAGCUUACAAAGAGCCAAUAUCAUUGCAGCAGAGACUGGAUGCCUUCUUGCUACAGUACAGAAAUACCCCACACAGCACAACCAGAGAAACUCCUGCUAUGUUGUUCUUACAUCGCAGAUUGCGAACACGCCUGGAUUUACUGAAACCUAGUGUGGCUAAUGUCGUUGAUCAGGCACAGAAGACCCAGUGUUCUUACCGGUCUGUUCACUCCAAACACAGAGAGUUUGAUGUCGGUGACUCAGUGCUGGUUCGGGAUUAUCGGCGCGGAGAGGAAAAGUGGAAAACUGGUACUGUUUCCUCUCAGACAGGACCAGUGUCCUAUACUGUGGAGGUGGGAAAUUCGCAAAUCUGGAAAAGACAUACUGAUCAGAUGUUAGACUGUCAUCCGGAAAUUUCCGAGGCCACAGAAUUACCUCAAUCAGUGGACAUUCCGCCGCAGAUACCAGACAAUGCUGGACAGCAAUUGUCUUCGCCGGUCAGUGAAACAAAUAUGGGUGCUUCAGACCAAGGUGAAACAAAGCUCUCGGAAUUAUCCAAUAUUUCUUCUCAAGGUGUUAGGAGGUUUCCUGUUCGGGUCCGCAAACCACCUAACAGACUCAAUUUGUAA